GAAAUUCCAGCACAAAUUUUCUAUUUAUAUACUUCCAAUGUGGAAGUUUCACAGGUGUUUUAUGAUAGAAGUAUGAAUGUUUUGUGACACCAACUUGUCUAUCACUGUAGAUAAAAAUAUUUAUUAGUUACAUUUACCAUCUAAUUGUUUAGUGAUCAAAAAUUGAUAUUAACUGUCUAUCAUGGAUAAUAUUGCUCUUCAGCUGGAUGAAAUUGAAGUACUAAAAUCAAUUUAUAAUGAUCAAUGGGUAGUAGAAGAUAUACCAUUUACAUACAGCAUAGAAAUAAGUAAAGAUGUGAAGCUUUUCAUCACUCUACCUCCAGAAUAUCCUUCAGAUAUGCCACCAAAAUAUGAGCUACUUGCACCUACAUUAAGUGGUUCACAGAAAUUAUCUGUAGACAAUGAAUUCAAAAGUAUAUAUGAGACAUAUCGAGGAGAAGCUAUUUUAUACCAGUGGAUAGAAAAGCUAAGAGAAAUUGCUUUACAAUUUGGCAAAAGAAAAGAGGAAGAAGACAUUGUGGAUAAUACAGAAGUUGAAUUUGAAGCAAGAAUUAUUAAACCAAAGACUUUAGAAAAUGUUGUUCAUGGAACUACAAUUAUUGAUAGAAAAAGCGUUUUCCAAGGACAUGCUUGUUAUGUAUAUAAUCAAGAAGAUAUCAGAGAUUUUCUAAACUUAUUGCUGGAAAAUAAGAAGAUUGCACAAGCUACUCACAAUAUUAGUGCCUACAGAAUUGACAAUGAAAAAAAUUUAAUUCAAGAUUGUGAUGAUGAUGGUGAAACUCAUGCUGGGGGUAGAUUACUUCAUUUAUUAGAAAUUUUAAAUGUGAAAAAUGUUAUGGUUGUUGUAACUAGAUGGUAUGGAGGGAUUCAUUUGGGCCCUGACAGAUUUAAACAUAUAAACAAUGCAGCUAGGCAAGUUUUAUUACAAGGUGGUUUUAUAAAAUCCUGACUUUAAUGAUAUAUAAAUUAUGUAACAAGUUAUACAUAGUAAUCAAUCAGUAAUUUUAAAUUUUGUAAAUAAUAUACAUAUGUACAUUUAUGUAAAUAUUAAUUAUUUUAUUGUUUUACUAUAGUUUUAUAAUAAAACCGAUUUUAUUAA